AUGAAACAGAUCGCGCGACUCUGCGCUCUGAGUUUGCUCCUGGCAACCUCCUUGGCUGCUCCCUUCAAUCAAGAUGCCGGCGCAAAUGUUCAUCCCGCCAACCAGGAGCUCCUGAAAUCUUCCUUCGACCAAGUUGCCACGUCUGAACCAAGUUUGGCCAAUCAUGAACAUGUACAAAUUAUUCCUAAAGGACACCAAGUGGAACACCAAGGAUCACAUAAUGCUAAUGAAAAAGCAGUCCAGUUACCGGACACUGGUGCUGCAGAUAAUUUGAAUCCAACAAGAGAUCACCAAGAGUUACCUGAACAUCAAUUAAAAGUCAGGGAGGAUUUGAAAGCACAACCUUUUGAUGGUAAGAUUGAAACAACAACAGGGGCUGGUGAAAAGCAUAAUAAUGAGCAAGUUUUUACAACAAGUUAUCACAGUUUAAAUCCUGUAAAUUAUGAUCAUGAUUUGUCUGGACAUCAGUUGAAAGUCAGAGAAGACUUGAAGAAUCAACAAGCUUUUGAUGGUAAGACUGAAACAACUACGCCAACUGGUAACCAACAAACUUUCCAUAAUGUAGACUUGUUAAAUCCAACAAACAACCAACAAGGACUUCCUGCUCAUCAAUUGAAUGUCAGAGAAGACUUAAAACCACAAACUUUAGAUGUCAAACCACAAACAACUGGUUCACAAAAUCCCACAAACUUAGACUUGUUACAACAAACCAACAACCAACCUUUGCCUACACACUUGCUGCAAGUACGUGAGGAAUCCAAACCUGCAACUUUAGACCUAAAUCCACAACCCAAACCUCAAACUUUAGACGUCAAUCCUGCUUUGUUUAAUCUGCACUCACUCAAAACUUCACCAACUGGCCAACUAACACUAGACGCUUCUUCUACCACUACCACAACAACUCCUAACCUUGAUCAACAUUCAAGACUGAGACGUCAAGACAAUCCUACGUUUGAGACCCACAAACCUGAUCAAAAAACUGAACAAACCCAUCCUCAGACUAGCACUGAAGCCUACUUAAAUAGAAAAGUCAGACAGGAUAUUCUGUUGUUGACCAGACCGUCUCCUGUGAACCCUGAUGUUGUCUCUGAGCCCAAACCUGAUGAGAAAGUUGUUGAAGAUCAUACCAGAGUUGAGAGUUGGGACAAACCUACUGAGAAACCUGCAGAAAGACAUAGGAGAUCCAAUGAGGACCAUAAACAUAAUUUGAAACAGAAACCUGAAUAUGUUGUGAGGACUUCUACAUCCGCACCAAAGGUUUCAUCCACCAGUGGUCAUCAAGAAGUUAGCACCAAAGCAACGAAUGUGAGGAAAACUAGGCAAACUUAUGACUCGUCUGAGGAGCAAACAUUUUAUGAUCAACCUCAGACUUAUGAUAAUUCCAACUCUCAGCAGACACAAGAGGAGGAAUCUGCAGAAGAUAGUGAUGAAUACCAACCAGAACCACAAAGGUACCGUCGUGCAAUCGACAUCAAAAUCAACUUGAAACACGAGUCUUUAAGUCAAGAAAAUCGCGAAGAAUAUGAAGAACACGAGAAAAUCGAUCGAGAUUUUGAAGAAUCACCACCAAGGGAAGUUAGAUGUGCAGGAUAUGCACCUACACCAACACCUGGCACCAAAUGCCAAGGAGAUAAAGCUAAAUGUGGUGGAUUUGAGACUACAAAUCCAACUACCAAUUUGGACAAACACGAAGACCACCAUCACGAAGUUUCAACUAAUCCAACUUCCGAUUCAAACAAAAAUCUUCAUCAGGAAGUUUCGGCCAAAACUAAGAGAAGCACCACGUGUGUCGGAUCAGAUUGCACACCAUCCACUGUUGAACCGAGCGAAAGACGUCGCAAACCGGGCACAGGAAUGUCUACUACCCAAAAACCUUUACGUCCUGGACAAAUGAAACCGAAACGUGAUGUUCAAACCACAACAACUACUUCACCAGUGGAUCAAACCCACAAACUGGAGGAGGAGAACAUCCAGAUAACUGUGGUAAAUCCACCAGAGGUUCCGGUGCAAAAAGUUGAUGAAAAUGUGAGAAAGACUCGGUCUGCUGAUGGCAAUGGAGUUAAGGAAGAUGCUCAGAAGCAACAAAAUGAAAGUGGCGCCAACGGCGCUUCGUUGAAACUGCAAGUACCUGGUGAAGCCUCAUCUUCUGGAUCACAACAACAGCAACAAGAACAUGAAUUAAAUGCAGAAACAAAUGCUUGUGUUGGUUUGAAAUGUGGUUUUUGGCAUAAACAUAAAACAACAACUGUCCCUCCGACUCAAACUCCAGGUACUCAAAAACCGACAAUGCCUCCAGCAACAAUGGUACCUCCCACGCAAGCCCCAGGAACAAUGCCACCAGCAACUGAACCUCAACCUUAUGGUUCGAAGAAUGAUCAAAUGUUGACUGUUCGUCCAAUCGCAGGACAUACCCAUUCUGGUUCCUUCGUCAACAAUGAGUGGAAACCACAUGCCAGGACUGCUCGACAAGCUAUGGACAGCAAACAAGUUCAAACAACAAUGGUUCCAGAGAAAGAAGUCUUCCCAUCAGACCCUGUCACUAAAUCAUCAGUCCCCAUGACAAAGACUCCAGAAGAAUUAGCAAAGCAGGAAGCUUAUGACAAAGAAGGUCCUCAUUUUGUACGACCAGUACCAGUACAUGAUAUUUUAGGUAAAAUUGCACAACCAAAAAAUCAGAGUAGGGAUAAAAAUGUUGGCAUGAAGAAGGAAGAUGUAGAUAAUACUACCGAGAAGAUGUAA